GAGAAAGAAGCACUUGUACAAGAAGAAAAAUUCGGAGGACUCACAGACAUGGAAACAGUCAUGACAGAUUCUACCAAAACACAGAACAUGGUCAGUUUAGGAACAGAAUUACACAAAUUUGCUGCAAUCAUCGAUCAAAGUAGUGUAAUAGAGAAGGGGACUCCUACUCGAUACCGUCUGAAACCAACAACAGACUCUCAUGAUGAAUCUGAGCCUUUUAGAAAAACGACCUUUGGAGAGAGAGACAAAAACAAACCCCAUAAAACCAUUCUGAUGGUGGGAGAAACUGGAACAGGAAAAACAAAGCUAAUCAAUGCGAUGAUCAACUACAUGUUGGGUGUUCAGAGAGAAGACAAGGUUUGGUUUGAGUUCACAGAUGAUCAGAGUGACCGAACAUCAGCUCACAGUCAGACUUCCAGAAUCACUGUUUAUGGGUUUUAUCUACAAGAGAGUAAAACUGAUUUAACAAUCAUCGACACACCAGGAUAUGGAGACACUCGUGGAAUUGAGAAUGAUAAAGAGAUCGCCAAGAGUUUACUAAGUUUAAGCAAAUGUAAUGACUGGGUCCAUAAAAUAGAUGCAGUUUGUCUGGUGGUUAAAGCAAGCCAAAACAGACUCUCUGACAGACAAAUAUACAUAUUUGAUGCUGUUCAGUCUUUAUUUGGGAAAGAUAUUGUUGAAAACAUUGCCUUACUCGUCACAUACUCGCAUGGUGCUCAUCCUAAAAAUGUCCUGACGGCUGUUGAAGAGGCUAAAUUCCAGUGUGCUAAAAAUGACAAGAAUCAGCCAGUGUAUUUCCUGUUUGACAACUGCCAAGGAGAGACAUUUCAUGAAGAAUAUCAGAUAGUCCAAGAGCAAUCAUGGAAUCUCAGUUUUAAAGGAAUGACAGGAUUUUUCAAAUUACUUGACAAUAUAAAAUCAAAAACCCUGAAGAUGACACAAGAUGUGCUGCGACAACGGGAGAAAUUGGAGGCAAAUAUCACCAAUAUACAAUCACAAAUUCGAAAGAUGGAAUCAAAGCAAAAUGAGCUGAAACAACAUCAAGAAAUUCUAGAAUAUGUCAAGAACGAUAAAAACUUUGAGUGUGAAGUUGAAGUGGAAUACAAAGAGAAGGUUGAUAUUGAUCUUUCUUUAGCCAAAGAGGCGACGUGCUGCACCGUCUGUGAGGAGAACUGUCAUUAUCCAGGAUGCUGGUGGGUCAGUAAUCUCUCACAGUGUAGUGUGAUGAAAAAAGGUAACUGUACAGUGUGCACAAAUAAAUGCCACCACAGCAAACACGUCAAAGAGGCAAAAAUAUAUGAAACAAAGACAAAAACAGAGAAGAGGACAGAUAAAGAUUUAAAGAAACAAUAUGAAGAUAAGAUUGUAGGCGUUAUGUCUUUGAUCAAUAAGCUGGAUGUAGAGCUGAAUGAAUUAAAGAUAAAGAAAAUAAAGCUGGUGAUUGAAACAUUUGACUCUGUUCAAGCUCUAGAGAUGAUCACACUCAACACAGAUUCUUUGAUCAUACUUCAGCACGUUGAUUUUCUGAUUGAGAGGCUGAAGGAAAUAAAUGAACCUGAAAAGGCUGAAACACUGGAAAAGAUCAAAGAGAGAGCAGGAGAAGAAAAAAAACAAGCGCUGGAAUACAUGAAAAUGUUUUAUAAAUAACAUUUUUAAAAAUCCAUCAUCUAGCUAAAGAAAAUAAGAAAAUUGCAUAUUGAAAGUGAUUUAAUGCUGUAUUACCAAGCAAUAAUAAGAUAUGGAUAUGUUCAUAUUUUGUGAGAAUUCUAUUUUGAUUGAUUAAAGAUUUGCUAAAUCUUAUUUAUAUUCAUGGAUAUUUGUGCUAAGACAAUAAAUCACAUUUAAAUAUCAAUAUAUUAGUAUUUUGUCCUCUAUAAUAUAUAGGGAUAUUGAAAGUCUCUCUCGGGAUGCUGUCACACACACAAUCCGAUCAGUGUGCUGUACUCCAGUAUUUCCAGGGCUUGUUCAUAUAUUUUAGGGUGUACUCGCACUAGGCGCUCUGAACCGUGCCUGAGCGCUUUUGACCCUCAAAGCCCUCAAAGUGUGAGUGCUCCGUUCCGUGCCCUGGUGUGGUUCAUUUAGCCGGCAGCGUGAGCGCAAACCGUGCCUGAGCAUGGAACAGCUACUACUCAUUAUGACGGCAAACAUCUUUAUUACUUCUCUGAUAGUACACUUAUCAAUUCAUGUAAUUAAUUCAAGUGUAAGUGGGUUUAUAACGUGUCUGAUUCUCACCUUAUUGAUGAACAGAAAUUAUAGUUUGCCAGUAAAGCUUUACUGUAAUUUUCGUGCAAGUUAAAAUCGCUGUGCGGCAUAAAUGAUAAAUAUAUUAGAAAGAAAUUCACAGAUACUGCAUGUUUUCUUCCAUUCAAAAAGUUGCAUUGUAUAUGACGUAAGCAUGCUUCAGCCUGGAAAGUUAAGUGCAAUGUGAGUGCAGGCCACCGGGGGAUUGGGGACAAUUGUGCUCGGUUCAAGGCAACCGUGCCUAGUGUGAGUACACCAUUGGUUAUCUUUAAUUUCCUGCCUCACUCUUGUUAAUUGUUUUUACCACAUCUUGUUGUAUUUGUUGUGUUCAUCAUUUAUCAGUCAUGCCAGUCUAUUUUUUCCUGUGCAUCCUUUUUAUUUUUGAAGGAUUUUGAUUACCUUGUGUUAUAAUUAACAGCUUUGCUCCCUUUCUGUAUAUAAUAAAUAUUUUUCAUACUGCUAACUAUACAUUGCAAAGUGUCUGGAUUGAGAACUGUAUUUAAGUGCAUGAUUAAAUCCACUAGACACUGAUAACCAUAGCAAUGGAUGAAAAAUAAAACCCAAUCUGAUACUGUAUGUCAAAUGAUCUGUGCAUGAAGUCUUGGAGUGUCAAUGCAAAAUAAAUAGACUUGCCACUUUGUGUAAUGUAUUAUUUUGUCAUUCAUUAUAUUGGGCAUACUAACUUUCAAAUCAGACAAUUUUUACAUUUAAAUGUACAGUUUACAGUUUAACAAGUUAAAUAUAAAAUAGUUCUAAGCACUUUGUUUUCUGAUCUGUCCUGACAGUGAUUAUUUUUAUUUCACGAAUAAAUAGGAUAAGUUAAUAUUACAAAAUGUUUCUUAGCAUUUAUUUUGUAUUUACUGUCAGCACUGGGCUCACAGUUUACAUGGGUAGGGUACUUUGUGGACUGUGGAUGACUGUGUUCGUUGUCCGCCACCAUCGAAGACCAUUUCAGACCCAGGAAAAAACAUGUCAAAGAGGUCAUGAAAUCCUCAGAGCACAAGCUUAAGGAUAUAUAUUAACAUCUUCCAGAUUCUAAUUAAUAUUAUAUUUUGAUUUAUUAUUAUAGAUUUAUUAUUAUUAUUUUAAUGUCACCAUCAUGGUGAUCAGUGUUUUCUUUAGUUGGGUAGUUUGAUUUGACUUUAUGUUAGAGUUUCUCUGGCUCUUGUAACUGAGUUUGUUAUGGCAAGAUGUUUCAUGAUAAGAAUAUAAUAAUUUUGAGAUGGCUUAGCUCAUUGAUCUUAUGACUGAAUUUAAUGUGAGCAAUAUCUUACUAACUUUGUUUUACUGUGAUUUUAGAAAAUAUCCAACAAGAUUUUAAAUCAGAAAAUCUUAAAGAGUUUUAAAACAGAUUGUGUCAAGAAUCAGCCUAUAAAUCUCAACAAUGGUGACAUGCAUAAUGCCGCAAUGCAUUCUGGGGGCCAUGGAUGAUUUUUGCAUGAUGCACCCAGAAUGCAUUGUGGCAUGAAGCAUGUGACCAUUGUUGAGAUUCAUACACUGAUUCUAGAUGUCUGUGUGUGAGGAAGUUUUGCAGGAGUUUUAAAGUGUUUAGUGUACAAUGUGUUUUAAAACUCAUUGAGCUUUUCUGAUUAAAACUUUUUUAUUGUUGUAUUUCUAGAAGAGAUUCAACACAAACUUAAUAUUUUGCUCAUAUAAAUCUCUAGUCAUUAGAUCAGUGAAUUAAAGGAUUAGUUCACUUUUAUAUUAAAA